UAUGUAUAUUCCUCAAGCCUACACGGCAAACUUUCAAGUUUUAGUCCGACUGAAUAAUAGGAUUAUUGAAGGACGUAUCAUUAAAUGCGAAGUCGAUGGAUUUUAUAAAGUGAGAUGCGACGAUUCAAUAAACUUAGUACAAGAUGGUGAUCUAAUGCCAGUCCAGCCGCUACUGAUGAUACCGCUGGCUGCUUUUUUUGAAAAUCAUUCAAGAAGUCUAUUAAAUCCGGGAUUACUAUCUGAAGCCGACAAAUAUGAAAGAGCGUUGUCAUUAAUUGAAAGAAAUCUUCUCUUAGGAGCUAAACAAUUGUUGAUUAACAAAAAAAUUAAAUUGGCAGAUAUUCAACUCGAACGAUAUCUUACAAUCUCUUUGGCUAUUGGAAUGGCAGCUUAUGAUGGAAUGAUAUCGCCAGAAAUGCGUAAGAUUGUUAUGGAAAGACUUGUGAAUAUACUUACACGGGCAACGAAUCCCGAGAAUGUAAAAUUAAUUGAAUUCGUAAGAAAAACAAUUAAAGCACUCUUUUGA